UUACAUCUGAAAACACAGAAACGGCGCCUUUCCUUUUCGAGUAAAAGCAAAGAUACCAUUGUUUAUCGCCUUUUCUUCAUCCGCCCAACUUGAACGCUCCUCUUUGUCCUCCUUUUGCGCUCCUCACCCGUUGUGAACCUGACAAGAAAAUUCUUCUACACGCUCAUUAUCUGAACGAGAGGAGCAGAUAUACCGUUCGAAACAGUUUGAUCAUGACUGCGCAAGACGCUGGGGAAACCAAUGCCCCACCAGUCGCUUCUGAAUCCUCGACACCGAAUGGCUCCCCGCAAGCUUGGCAACUAGACCACGGUAUGUGAAAGCUUACUAGCGGGGCCAAAAAAACUCAGUAAGAUCCCAUAUCUUCCAUCUGAGAAUACAAAUACCCCGGUCAGCUUCUUCCACUUCAUUUCCCGCCUUAAGACCACCAAGCGCGAGGGCUGGAGACGCUUCGGCAUCGCUCAUGGCGAAUCUAUAAGUGACCAUAUGUAUCGCAUGGCGAUUAUGACGCUAUGCGCACCGCCUUCUCUCACAUCUCGUCUCGAUAUGGCAAAGUGCACCAAGAUGGCCCUUAUACAUGAUAUGGCUGAGGCGUUGGUCGGCGACAUUACACCCCGAGAUGGAGUAUCAAAGUCGGAGAAGAGCAGACGCGAGGCAGAGACAAUGGACUAUCUAUGUCGGAGGCUCUUAGGUAAAGUGAAUGGUGGAAUGAACGGCGAGGAGAUUCGGAAGCUGUGGCAGGAGUAUGAAGACGGAGAGACCGACGAGAGUAUGUUUGUGCAUGAUGUGGACAAGAUCGAAUUGAUGCAUCAGAUGAUCGAAUACGAGAGGGAUUACGGAGGUAAAAUGAAUCUGAGCGAAUUUGCGAGAGUAGGGACACGGAUUCAGCUUCCCGAGGUCAAGGAGUGGUGGAAAGAGAUUCUAGCCGAGAGAGAGGCAUUCUGGAAAAGUGUCGGGCACCAACAAACCCCUCAGUAUGACGAAAGCAAGCCAGAUAGGGGACAUGAAGAGUAUUAUGGCAGUGAUAAAGCCUAGACGACACGCCGAGCAAAAUUUAUGACGGAUUUAGAUCAUGAGCGUUUGGCGCAAAAAACAUGCGAGCAGUAGGCAUGGCUAAUGCUUCAGGCCCUAAAAUACGGAAAACUCUCCAGAGGUACUUUUUGUAAUAGAGCAUGAUUUGUACGCCUGGUCGACAAUUUAGCCUGAUGGUAUUUACUAACUGUAGGCUCACUGAUUGCAGACG